UAUCAUGAACUCGGGUAUUCCCUUUCUGAUCCUUUGUGAGAUUGUUAUUAUUAUUUUUUUCCCCUGAGCUGAGGCUGUUUAUAAUGUCAGCGCCGCCGCUGGGAAUUGCGCGUGAACUUCGGUUAAAAGCGCGUCGGCUCGACCCCCCUCGCGCGCACUCUGCGUCUCCAUGACCCGGCAGCACGCGCGCUUCCGCUGCUGCGCGUCCGUCGUUGCGAAUCGCGCACACGUCGAGUCUCAGCUCGGGAGUCCCCGUCGCUGUCGUCGUCGCCGCCGUCGUCGUCGCCGCAGGGGGCAGACGCUCGAGCGAAUCGGCGCGCGCCUAUUUAUAUUCCGGUGCCGUCCGGUCCGGCAUGGGAGCAGCAGCCCGUCCUUAACGGAGGCGGAGAUCGGACCAGUCUCUCGCGUGCACAGAAAGACAAAUUAAUAACAAUAACAACAAUAACCGUCCGCGUUUCUAACCAACUUCAUUUUCGCAUCACUUCUCUCUCUCUCUCUCUCUCUCUCUCGUGCUCUUGUGAUUGUUCGCGCGAUGGCAGGAGCGGCAGCGCGUGCUUUCCUGCUCCUCCUGUGCCUCUCGGUCGGUUCCCGGUGCGGCGCGCUCGCGUUCACCGAGGAGCCCGGGGACAGGGCGCCCAAAUCGGACGGAUAUUGCAGCUGGAUCAUACGAGCGCACGGCGCGAGGAAGGAGCUUUACACCGAGUUUCGGCUCCGCGUCGAAGGAGAACCGGAGAGCUAUCAGCCCGGCAGCACGUACAGAGUGACUCUGUACGCCACCAACCCUGCUUACUUCAGAGGCUUCACGCUCAUUGCUUUAAAGGAAGGACGGAAUGGCGAAAAAGAGGAGGAUUACGCCGGGAAUUUCCAGGUCAUUGAUGAAGAGGACACACAGUUUAUGACUAAUUGCCCCCCUGCUGUGACCGAGAGCACCCCUCGAAGGAGAACCAAAAUACAAGUGUUUUGGACAGCGCCCCCGUCAGGCAGUGGCUGCAUACUGCUCAAGGCGAGCAUCAUUCAGAGGAAGAUUAUCUCUUUCCAGGAUGAAGGCUCUCUCACAAAGCGACUGUGUGAGAAAGAGCCAUUAUACGGCGAGGUCACUGAAAAACCUCUGCUGGAUUGCUGUGCCUGUGGAACGGCCAAGUACAGAGUCACCUUCUACGGGAACUGGUCCGAAAAGCUGCACCCCAAAGACUACCCCAGACGAGCCAAUCACUGGUCAGCCAUCAUUGGCGCGUCACACUCCAAGAACUAUGUGCUGUGGGAAUAUGGAGGUUACGCAAGUGAAGGAGUCAAACAGGUAGCAGAGCUCGGCUCGCCCAUCAAGAUGGAGGAAGAGAUUCGACAGAAGGGUGAUGAAGUGUUGACGGUCAUUAAGAUGAAGGCGCAGUGGCCCGCAUGGCAGCCUCUCAAUGUGCGAGCCGCUCCCUCAGCGGAGUUCUCAGUGGACCGAACCCGUCACCUCAUGUCCUUCCUGACCAUGCUUGGGCCGAGUCCCGACUGGAACGUGGGUCUCUCGGCCGAAGAUCUCUGUACGAAGGAGUGCGGAUGGGUGCAGAAGCUCAUCCAGGACAUGAUUCCGUGGGACGCCGGGACCGACAGCGGGGUCACUUACGAGUCCCCCAACAAGCCGACGCUUCCUCAGGAGAAGAUUCGUCCUCUUACGAGUUUGGAUCAUCCCCAGAGCCCGUUUUACGACCCAGAGGGCGGAGCUAUAACUCCGGUGGCCAGGGUGGUGGUGGAGAGAAUCGCCCGCAAGGGUGAGCAGUGCAACAUUGUGCCUGAUAACGUUGACGACAUCGUGGCAGACAUCGCUCAGGAGGAGAAAGAGGAAGACGACACUCCGGAGACGUGUAUUUACUCCAACUGGUCUCCGUGGUCGGCCUGCAGCUCCUCCACCUGCGAGAAAGGAAAGCGGAUGAGGCAGAGGAUGCUGAAGGCCCAGCUGGACCUGAGCGUCCCCUGUCCACACACACAGGACUUCGAGCCGUGUAUGGGGCCUGGAUGCAGUGACGAGGAUGCGUCUACGUGUAUGAUGUCCGAGUGGAUCACCUGGUCUCCAUGCAGCGUGUCGUGCGGCGCGGGCGUUCGGUCCAGGGAACGCUACGUAAAGCAGUUUCCUGAAGAUGGUUUUGCCUGCACCCUCCCCACCGAGGAGACCGAGCCGUGCACCGUCAACCAGGACUGCUCUCCUAGCAGUUGUCUCGUGACUGAAUGGGGUGAGUGGGACACCUGCAGCGCCACCUGUGGGCUGGGCAUGAAGCGCCGAGAGCGUAUGGUCAAAAUGCCUCCGUCUGAUGGAUCGAUCUGUGGGGCUGAGGUGGUCGAGGUGGAGAAGUGCAUGAUGCCCGAGUGUCAUACCAUCCCGUGCUUGUUGUCUCCAUGGUCUGAUUGGAGUGACUGCAGUGUGACAUGCGGUAAAGGAACCCGAACUCGGCAGCGCGUCCUCAAAUCCCCGGUGGAGCUGGGAGAGUGCAGCGAAGAGCUGGAACAAGUGGAGAAAUGCAUGCUGCCGGAGUGCCCUUCAGACUGUGUGAUGUCUGAGUGGUCUGAGUGGUCUGAGUGUAAUAAGUCAUGUGGGAAGGGUCACAUGAUCCGGACACGGAUGAUAAAGCUGGAGCCCCAGUUCGGGGGCGAGGCCUGCCCCGAGAUUGUCCAGAGGAAGAAGUGCAAGAUCAGGAAAUGUAACCAAGGCAGCACCAGCAGCGAUGAGAGAAAGAAACGCAAAGAAGCCAGAAAGAAGAGGAAGAACAGCCAGGGCAGGGAGGAGUGGAUUGAUGAGCUCGCAGGAUGCAAAAUGAAGCCCUGGUCUGGAUGGAGUGACUGUACCAAGUUGUGUGGUGGGGGGAUCCAAGAGAGGUUAAUGACAGCCAAGAAGAGAUUCAAGAGCACACAGUUAACCAGCUGCAAGGACAGGAAGGAGAUCCGCGCCUGUAACGUCCAUCCCUGCUAAGUGGUGCAGGGGAUUGUGGGAAGGGACUCGAUGUGAUGAGGAUAUGGGAGGGGCAGGAUUGAGUGUCAGUCGCGGCUCUCUUUCUCUUUCAGUGGUCUCUUUCAACCUGUUUAGGGUUGGCAGCAGUUUGGUAAUUUUUUACUUUUUCUUUUUUUUUUGUACUAGAAUGUAGUAUAGUGGUAAUUUGUCAUAUAAAAGAAAUGCAGAGCAAUGCUUAGAGUUGAUGUUAAAGUUCUAUUUGAUUUCUAAUUUGUAGUACAUUUCUAUCUGAAAGUGGCUUAUUAAAGUUCCGUAAGUUUCGUUUAAGUCGUAAGAUUUAGUAAUUAAAGUUAGACGAUAGUGCAUAAAGGGCCUUUUAUUUUUUCAGUCAGCAAAAAAUGUAUUUCCUUCUCAUUGAUCCCUUCUUUAUUUUAAUAAUAAAAAACAACACUGGACUCAGUAUCCUAAGUGCAAAAGUUUGCAUACCCACUAGGACAAAAUAAAGAAGACAAAGGGUUACUUCCCUUUGUGUGUUUCUUUCCCUAAUAUUGCAAUAUUAGCUGUAAUGUUCAAUGUUGUUCUGAAAUGUGAUUUAAGAGUAAUUCCUUUCAAAAAUUAAUUGGGAAUGCUAACUUUUGCACUGUAAAUCUCCAGACAAAAAUAUAGAAUAUAAUCUUUUUUUGUUUGUUUGUUUUAUAAAAUCAUUCCAUUUUAAUAAAAUUGUUUUAAAACUCAUAAUGUGUCAUUAACACAAUUAAUUUAUUACAUAAAAAUCCACCGUUAUCUACAGUAUAUUUUUGUCUGGAUCUUUAUUUACUGAGUCUGGUGUUUCAGACUGAAAUAUCACAUUAUGCACACUGCUGUACUGAAUUAAAGUCUUGGAGGUUCAUUGCUAACUCAUGUAUAAUAGGUCAGUGGUUAAGGUUGGAUUGGAUUGUGUCUCACUUAUUAAUUGGAUAAAAGUGUCUCCUAAGUGAAUGUAAUGUUGUUUUCAGUGUACAAACGGCACAAAAUGGACCAAAGACAGGAACAUUUGCUGGCACAAACAUUGUUCUUACCCUGUACACUUCAAAAACUGGAAUGAUGGACUAUUAUUAUUAUUAUUAUUCAACAUUUUUAAUGUCUAGAGAUGUAACCAGAGCCAUAAGACAUGCAAGGUCAAAACCUCAUGUUUCUAGCCACAGCAAAAAUCUGAAGCAUUAGCGUACAGGUUUUUAAGCUAACUAGCAGCAUAACAACAUGAAGAGUUCUUAUUAUUCUGUGAGACUGCUUGUGUGGUAUUUAAUUUUAUUUUAAUUUUUAAAAUAUGUAAAAAACUAUUUUAACAAUUCUAUGAUAACUGGCCACUCUGGAUAUUAAUGUGUUUUAUGACAUUCUUAUAAAUCAAUAAUGGAUUUGAGCCAACUGAAUGAAUAACAGUAGCAUUUUCUUCUUUCAUGUGUCUCUUAUGUGAAAGCAAAGCACAGCUAAACAGCCAUUUUCUAAGCCUAAGAAUAUUUCUAGGAAUAUUCAUUUUAAUCCAUUGUGACUUUUUAAUCCAGCUGUGUAGACAGAUGCCAUUUUACUUGUUUCAUUCUGAUUGCAUUUACGUUUCUUUUCCUCGUUUUAAGAGUGUACCCAAGAUUGCUACCAAAGUGUUGUGUUGAUCUUUUCUAGUUGUUUGUUGCCAUCUUUGCUCCCUGACAUAAAAAAAGAAAUACUCUGAAUAUUUUGGAAUAUGCCACCUUUACAAUAAAAGUGAUUGUGAUCAAA